UUGAGGAUGCGAUGGUCCAUCCCCCCCACCCCCCUUCCUCCCUCCCUCCCUCCUCUGCUUUCUCCACAGCUCUAGUCUGCUUGAUUUCACUUUUCAUUUCACACACACCCCUCCUCUGGUCUGAUCCACUGCCAUCCAGGAGACUCCCCAUCCCAGCAGUGCGCCGGUAACCAUCCUCCAUCCGCAUCCUCUCCUCUACUGUCUGGAUAAACAGGAGGACAUCCCCUCGGCUUGUAAACACUGCAGAUUUGCACAUACGUCGUGGCUGUAGAUGAGAUUCUCAGCCGCUUUUCAUUUUGAUUUAUUCACCUGAGAUUUGCGUUACCACGAUGCCGAAGCCUGGGAUGCUCCGGCUGUGUUGAAGAGGCGCCGCUUUACAAAUAAAAAAAGGUGUAUCUACAGACAGGACUGGAUCACACGUAGAGGUUUUUCUGUCAUCAUGGCUGUGAAUAUGAUCCCAUCUCCUGGUAUCUGGCCCGGGGAGGAACAACCGUCGCUGCUGGACCAGGAUAACUCUGUGUCGAGCCAAGCGCCCCUCACCGUGCCGUGCCCGCCAGUCAUAGGUGAACAGCUCAUCCACAGCAGCAGCAGCCCCAGCAUCAGCAGGCCCCCCCGCAGCAAAUCCAAAGGGGAGCUAGUCAUAGUUAUCAACGAGAAGCUGAAGAACAGUAACGGGAUCCACCCAGCUUCCACAGACUGCACCUCUCCAGUCAUCUCCUCUCCUCCCAGAAGACAACACUCCAUCUCUUACCCCCACCACGGCAAGACCAGGAAGGGCAGUAGAGCAGGUUCCAUCGGCUACACCGCCUUCUCGCCCAGGCCGUCGCUUUCUCGCCAUUCUAGCAUCGCCACCAACCCACCUUUGGACCGGACCAAGGUUAAAGACUACCUCCUCCUGUCUGUGCUGGCCUGCUUCUGCCCCGUCUGGCCCAUCAACAUUGUGGGUUUUGUCUACUCUAUCAUGUCGAAGAACAGCCUUGAACAGGGGAACCUGGAUGGCGCCGUACGUCUGGGACGUGUGGCCAAGAUGCUCUCCAUGGUGUCACUUGUAGGAGGGACGGUCAUUAUCAUCGCCUGCAUUGUCAACUUGGCCAUAAAUGUGAAAACCUGAGUUUCAUCCCAGGGUGAAACUGGAUAAGGCAACUGACCGUCUGGCCCACACCUGCACCACCGUCUUUACCGCCUAGUCAUUACCUGGAUGUGUGACAAAUAUGCACCCGAUAUACAGUGCUUACUUAUAUUUCUGUAUCCUAUAUAAAUCCCUUUUUGCUAAUGGAUGAAAAUAAAAUAUGCAAAUGCUGCUGCUCUGAGUCAGGGAGGUUUUGUCCGUCUGAUGUUAGGUGGAGAAAGGUGGUCAGACUAAUCAAUCCCCUCGUCUUCUGGUCAGAAUUAUUCAUGAGAAAGACGCAGCUCCUCAAAAAUCCUCAAUCACCAUCGGCCACAGAACUGACUCAAAACAGGGUGGACUGGAAAACAGGGAGACCAGUGGAAGUAGGAAGGACUGCCUCCCAGCCUCAGUGCCACAUGCAAGGCCCAACAAAAUGUCUGCCAAAUCCAUCCUUCACUGCACCGAUGGCAGGAUGCAUCAGCCUGCUGUUAAAUCCCCUCGGAUACGUGGAGAGGCUCUGGGAUUUAUGUUUCACUGGAUCCAGAAGAGCAGAAAUUCAUCUAUUUCCCUCACAGAAGAAACACUUUCAAUCACAUUAUGUCGUUGUUUCAGACUCUUCUCUGUGACUCUCAUGACUCCUGCCAUGCUUUUUGUGUGUGAGAGCGAGUGUAGGGCUGGCAAAAGAGGAUGAAAGCGAGGCUUAACAAGGACUAGCAAUGGGUGCUAAAAUGGAGGGGAUUAUGGAAAGUCACUGCAAGGAAACGUAUGCUCCAAGAAAUAACUUGGAGGGAAAGUUACUUUCUUUGUAAAGUCAUGCUUUACUCCUAAGUCUGAUCAUAGAAUUGCUGUUGCAGAGAGGAACAUAAAAAGUGUUUUCACUCUUCUGCUCAACACCACUGUGAGCCGGGGCAUUGGUAAAUGUUCUCUGAAACCAUUGUAGCAAGACAUUUCAAGCCUUCAUUUUACAGUCAAAUCAAGUACUCUACAUAAUCUAUAGCCUAUCUUUUGAUAAUGUUUGUAACAUUUUGAAACAAAAGAUUUUGAAACAGUAAUUUGUAAAGUGAUGCUCUUGGAUCACUGUGCCACAGUGGGUAUAUGGUAGUGUGUGAUUCAUAUGAGCAUCACUAUAUAUUUGGUUAACAAAUUAAAUAGCUUGUGAUUGCAGUCAAAUAUAUUGUUAGGAUGUGGCUGUAGCUUCAGUUUGUUGCACAGGAGCAAAGAUAUAAGCCUGUGCUUUUAAAUCAGUCAGAUUCUGUCACCUUUUCUCCUAAAAAUGCCAUGUAGGGAUCCUUAAAGCUUUCAUUCUUACUUGACUGUGUCAGCAUCAGAUUCUAAAUACCAGUUUUGUUGUCAUAGGCGGUAGGAUGCUUUCUGAUGAGUAAUUUUUAAGCACUUUGGUUCAGAUAUGGUUUAUGGCUGUGAGACGAGAGUAGUAGUACUUUGGAGAACCGACUUUAACCCUGGUUUCUUCUUUUAUCUCCUGUGUAACCUUAACCAACCUCUGAUCUUUAUCUACCUGUAACAGUCACUGUGACCAGAAACAGCUGGGACCCAUCAAGAGUGGAUCAUCUGAACUCGACACUCCCUCUUUAUUCUGAAUUGUAUACAGACUCGCCACGACUUUUCAACACUUAACACCUGCACUAAAUUUUGUGUAAUGAUUAACUUGGCCUUUUUGUUAUUUCUCAAUAUGUAAAUUUAAUUGUAAUCAACAGUUGGUGUACUCUGCUGAUAUUAAUCUUAAUAUUGUGGAUUCUCUAGUUGAUAUGAGUUAGCGUUAAGUAGUUAUGACCUAACGUAGGCACAGAAACUGUCGGUUAGCCUCUUGACAGUCAUUGUAUUCCCAUCGGGCUACUAUAAUCUUUGUGGUUAUUGGCAUGUUGUGGAUUUUUAUUGAUGUAUGAUGAUAGAAGAUGAAUCAAAGUUGCAAAGAUAAGGUGACACUUGGAAAAGUCUGCAGCACAUUCAUAAUAAAGACACAAUGCAUGUGA